AUGGCCACGGCAAUGCCUCCCUCAACUCCAGGCAGCCCAGUCAACGCGGACACGCUUGUGGUCGUCAAGGUGCUCUAUGGCAACCAGAAUCGUCGCUUCAAGCUCCCUUUGCGUGACCUUGGUGCUCAGGUUCUGCCUCAGAAGCUGCGAGUCCUUCUCACCGUCGCCGAUGGCACAGAACUCCUCCUAGAGCGAUACUCUGACUCGGCUGGCACCUAUGUCACCCUUGAUAGCACCAAUCCUUCAGUGUACAAACAACUUUACCGUGCCGCGAAAGCUAAGCUGAAGCUGAGACUCAAGGCUACAAUCAUGCCUCCCAAUAAGCCACAGGCUGUGGCUGUCGACCUUCUCGAUGAUAAAGCCCUCGAACGUGAGAAGAUUAAACCCGUUGACAUUAAGCCUGAGCCGAGGUCGACUUAUCUCGAGACCGUCCUGUCACAGCCCGUUCCCGCCAACAAGGCGCAGGGCCCUUUUAAGACCUCAACGGGCAAUACACGCAUGCCUGGCGCUUUCUGCUCCGGCGACUCCUAUAUGGACCCCCCUCCACGUCCCGCUCCUCGGUCCAAGGAUUUCAGUCAGCCAACCCUUCCUUGCUUCCGAGACUUUACUGGCACCUUCAGCAUCGACUGCAACAGUUGCGGUACAUCAGUGCCGAAUGAACACUAUCACUGCAGUAUCUGCGAGAAAGGUGACUUUGACUUGUGCCAGAAGUGCGUUCAGAAUGGCGUCACCUGCGAGGGUGAAGAUCACUGGCUGAUCAAGCGCUCCAUCCGCAACGGCAUCAUUGUUCCCAGUGUCACCGAGACAUGCGCUCCUCGAAAGCCUAAAGAAGAGGAACCGCCAAUGCAGAUCCCGGGCGUCCCUGAUUAUGACGAGCGCACCUGCAACAGCUGCAUCAACCAGCUCCCCGCCUCGGCUUUUGUGACCUGCAUGGAUUGUGCCGACUUCGAUCUCUGCCAGAGCUGCUUCCUUGCCAAUGAGCAUGGUCACGCGCUAGCCCAUACCUUCGAGCCAGUUAACCCAAUUCUGCACCAGACGGUCAACUUCCAGAUCAAGUCUCUUUGUCGGCAGGCUCGAGGCCUUGUUCACCAGGCUACGUGCGACGGCUGCAACAAGCAAAUCAUUGGCGUCCGCAACAAGUGUCUCACUUGCCCCGACUGGGAUUAUUGCUCGUCCUGCUAUCCGGCGGCGCCUGAUACGCACCCGGGCCAUCGGUUCGCGUCUCUCUACGAACCGCUCGAAUACGUUCCUAGCAACAAGGAGCACCACCGCGGCAUCUUCUGUGAUGGUCCCCUCUGCGCUGGUGGCCGUACCCGUGGCUACAUUCGUGGCGAUCGCUACAAGUGUACUGUGUGCCACGACACGGACUUCUGUUCCAACUGCGAGGCUUUGCCCACCAAUCCACACAACAAGUCUCACCCUGUCAUCAAGAUCAAGACGCCUAUCCGCCAUGUUUCUAUUUCUACCAUUCAUGAAUCGGAGAACGGACAGGAACUUGGUCAGCUUGGCGAUCGUCGUCUUGCGAAGCACGCUUCUACCGAGACUAACCGCACUACCUCAACCAACGCUGCGACGCAGGUGCAGACUGUGGCCGAGGUCCUGCCGGCGGAAGAAGAGCCUGUUGCACCAUCUACGUGGAGAGCUACCGAGCCCAAGACUGCCACACCUGCUGAUCUUCAAGCUUGGUAUGAGUCCGACUCCACGCCGGACGGCAGCAACUUUGGUCCCAAGAGAUUUGUCUCUCAGUCCUGGACUCUGCGCAACCCUGGGCCUGAGACUUGGCCUGCUGGGUGUGCUGUUCACUACAUUGGUGGCGAUGACAUGCGCAACCUCGAUGCCCAUCACCCAUCCAGUGUGAGCUCCAUGGAUCUUGCUAACCGUUCCAACGUGCUGGAGGAGAGCCUUGAGCCAGGCAAGACGGCUGUCUUCAGGGUGCUGCUUAAAUCGCCUGCCCGGGAGGGUAGAUACAUCUCAUAUUGGCGCCUAAAGACCCCCGACGGCAUGCCCUUCGGUCACAAACUCUGGGUUGACAUCAAUGUCAAGGACACCAGCAUUGAGCUACCCAUCCGCACCGCAGUGUCCAUCGAACCUCAACAGGGAACUGUUAAGGAUGAGGGUGCAGAGGAGACCAAUGGGCCUCAGGAUCAGCAGAGCUCGACUAUGAUCUUCCCCAAGCUUGACAAAGAGUCUCCUGUGUCGAGCAUUCAUGACGUUUCCGAGACUGCGCCCGAAUCUGCGACUGCCAAGCCGGAGGAACAUGACCUUCUCGAUGAUGUUGAAAGCCUGGAACUUGAGGAUGAGAGCGAUGAUGGGUUCCUGACCGACGAGGAAUACGAUGUCCUCGAUGCGAGUGACGAAGACUUUCUCGAUGCUCAGGCUGCCAUGGGGCCCAAGUAG